CCAGGAAGUACUUUUUUAGUGUUGCUGACGAGACGCUGAUUUUUGCGCCGUUGUUUUUGUCCAAAAACGAACAUAGCGAAAGACAGAAAAUUAGACUGCACCCCUUCCUCCGUCUAUCAAGAUGGAGAACUUGAUUAAUGAACACCAAAGCCGCAAUGAUCCAGAGAACAAGGCAAAUAACACUGAUUCACCUGAAAUAAAGAUUGAAAUAGAUGAGGUGCGCAUUGAGUACACUCAACAGAUGAACACAGUGGAAGAAGAGAAUCUAAGUGAUCAGCCAGCAAACCAAGCAGACAGUUCUGAUUUAUCACAGGAGGAUUCUGAGUCUGAUUCAGAGUCUUUCUCUUGUACACAGUGUGACAAGAGCUUCCGUACCGCCUUACAUUUGAAAAAACACCAGAUUAGGCACACUGAUAAAACCCUACACUAUUGCAUAACUUGUGAGAAGAGCUUCCCUUAUGCAUCGCUCUUAAAGCAGCACCUAACAAUGCAUGAUGCUGACAGAACAUACUGUUGCACGAAAUGCGAAAAGAGCUUCCGAUCUGCACCGUGCCUAAGGAAGCACCUGACAACGCACGGUGAGAAGAAUCACGGUUGCACCGAGUGCGAUAGGAAAUUCUGUUCAGCAUCUCGCUUAAAAAGGCACAUGACAACACAUAGCGGGGAAAGACCACAUGUUUGCACCGCCUGUGGGAAGAAUUUUACCCGACCAGAGAGCUUAAAGAAUCAUCAGCUAAAUCACCAAGGGGAGAAGCUGCACACCUGCCACGACUGUGGAAAGAGCUACAGUGUGCUGAAGUUCCUUAAAGAACAUAUGAAAGUCCAUGAGGGUCCCCACAUCUGCUCUCAGUGUGGGAAGAGCUACACACUCCUCUACAACUUGAAAAUGCAUAUGUCAGCAGCGCAUGGAGAGGAAAAAGCAUUGCCUUGCUCUGAAUGUGGGAAAAGUUUUGUUUCAGAGUACCGUCUGCGAAAGCAUCAGAAGCAAGUACACAGAACAGCCUUCCCCUGCCCUGAAUGUGGGCGAAGCUUCUCCACACUGUCCAUAUUGCAAGAGCAUCAGUCAAACCAUACUGGUAUCAAACCGCAUUCUUGUGAGGAGUGUGGGAAGAGCUUUGGCCUUCUGGAUGGUCUUCAGAGGCACCAGUACACACACAGGCCCAAACCAGAAAAAUCCUGCCUCUGUGAGGAGUGUGGAAAAAGCUUUCUUAACCUCACCCAACUGGCCAGACAUAAACAAGUUCAUUCCAAUGUUAAGUCCCACACUUGUGAGGAGUGUGGUAAAAAAUUCAAACAGAUCGGAGGUUUGAGAAUACACCGCCGCACUCACACAGGGGAGACACCGUUCUCUUGCAAAGAGUGCAGUAAAACAUUUACGCAGGCCAGCUCCUUGAAGGUUCAUAUGUUAACCCACACAGGAGAGAGGUCAUUCUCUUGUAAGGAGUGUGGCAAGACAUUCAACAUCGCAAAGACAUUACGGCUUCAUAUGCGCAUUCACACAGGAGAGAAACCACAUAAAUGCCCUGAUUGUGGGAAGGGAUACCAUCACGCUCAAGGACUCAGAAUGCACCUGCUAUUUCACAAGGGGGAACGACGGCACACAUGUACUUACUGUGACAAGAGUUUCUUUCUGCCAGGACAUUUAAGAGCACACAUCCGACUACACACUGGAGAGAAACCUUACCUCUGCUCUAAUUGUGGGAAGAGUUUCAAUCGUGCUUGGAAUUUAAAGCAACACAAGAAAAUAUGUCAGUGAUUCAUUUCACCACAAACUGAACUUUCCACAGCAUGUUAUUGUGGGGCUUAUUUUUUGUAAUAUUCUGCCUAUGAUACAAUGUGCUCUAUGCCAAACUAGUCUAAUAAUACAUUAAAUAAAGGUGGUGACUUAUUUUGCAUUGAA